CGCCUCUGCUUUCUAGAGAGCUAUUGGGGACCCUGCUACCACUAGCCUCAGUAGCUUCGAGGUAGAUUUUGUUAGUUAAAAUUUUCUAUAACUGGUGAUUGCUGUAGUGCGGUAUUGACCAAGUACUACGUUAGAAAGUAUUGAAUUGGUCGUCAAUGUCAGUCAAUACAAUAUAAAAAAAUUUAAAAUGACAUCAUUAACAAAUUUAAAUCACUCUUCUACUCUUCUCUGAGUCUUAGUCUUAGCGUGAGUACAUACAAUCAAAUUCCUUUACUUUAGUUUCAAUGUUCAAAUUUGAUUCAAAUUUUUGUAUAAGGAUGAGCAGACUAUUUUGUGUGUGGUUUUUUUUUUUUGGGGGGGGGGGGGGGAUGUUGAACUUAUUUAGAUGUUCCAUUAUUUUAAUUAGGCCUAUUUUAUAGAAAUAGAAGCCCAAAUUCUUUUUUUUCUUAUAUGGGGUGUAGGCCUAUAAAUAUGAAUAUUAUAAUUCAAUGCAAGGGCUCCUGCAUGGGCAUGGGUCAAUGGAACAAGAUCAAACUUAGUACUAUAGUACACAUACACUUGAUUAUCCAUAUUAUUCAGAUUCAAAAACCGGUACUGAUGGGUAAUGAACUCAUAAUUUUACUAUUUCUUAAACUAGCCAAUAUAAUAUACAUGUGGUCGCUCGUGAUGUCAUUCGGAAACGAACAUCUUUAAAAGCCUUUAACUUUUAGCUAACAUCUAAAUUAUGGGGCCUGUAAAAAAAAACGGAGGGGGGGGGGGCGGCUUCAAACUGGAAAAACUGGAUUUUUUUUCUUGGCUGAUGUAGAUUACCAUCUUAGACUCAGUACUUAGUAGUCUUAGACUUGGAGUCUUAAGUCUUCUUUAAGUAUGUAUGUGAAAUUGUUACUUUUUGCAAAAAUUUACGUUUGCAAAAAUAUACUUUUUGUCUCAUAAAUUCACACCAAAUUGGGUUUUCCAGACAUAAUUAAUACACAAUGUUUGUAUAUGGCUUAUGUUUUCAUUGUAUUCUUUGCCCUUAAAAACAUUCAUAAAUUAUUCUGCAUAUGUAUAGCAUUAAAAACUAAAUAGUGAAGGUAGCCUAAUAGACCAUAGUGAAUCCUAGACUAGACUUUAAUUUAAAAUUAGUUUGUUUUAUAAAUGAACAAUUUACCCAAGGAAAUUUUUAAUUGCACAUAAAAAUAUAUAUACCUUUAUUAGUUAACGAGUGCUUAGUUGUGUAAAUAAUACUCAGAAGGCCUAUCUCCCACCAGUCAGUAAAUGGGGGGAGGGGGGGGGGGGGGGGUUUGUUCAAGUGACCAUGUUCCUAAACAGAGAUUGGCCAAAACUUCUGUUGUCAUCUGCUGAAUCAUGUUAUUAUACCGUUUCAUUUAACUAAAGAAACAAGAUUUUUUUUAAUAUGCACACUAUGUAUGCAGUAAACCUACUACUAUUAUUAAUGAUAGACAUAGACAUAUUUAGGCCUAUAUUUUAAUUAAUAAUUUUAAUCAUAUUAAGAAGUACACACAAAAUUUUUACAAUAAAAUUAUUUCUCAGCCUCAGCUGGAUUUUAUUUUUCUGACGUGCACAUAUUACUUUGGCAAAAAAAAAAAAUGGGUAUAAUUUUUUCAGACUACAAUCCCCUUCCCGCCAGUAUCAUACAUCUAUCUAUAUUAGGUCUAUAUGAUAGAUUAUAAUUAUAUAGCGAUAUAGCCAAAUCUAAGCAUGAGGAAGGCUGCAUAUGACAGUGUUAAAACAGUAACAAUAGACACUUUCUUACUGGUGAUUUGAAACUAAAAUUCUUUCAGGAUUCAUUAUCGAGCAGAUAUAUUGUCACUAGUAUGAACUAGCAAUAAAUUAACGGGGCAAUACUUUGCCGGUGUGAUUGAAAGCAGGUCUUUAAAGUUCCAUUUUUAUUUGAUUUGAUUUGCUGUACUACCAAUAGCUCUCUAGUAAAUUAAAAAAAAUAAACUUAAUAAAGCAUAGGGCCAAGCCUGUAGAUUAACAGCAAAUCUUAUAUUGGGUAUUUAUUCCCCUAGCUCAUCAUUUAAAUUAUUAUAGACCUAGAACUUAUGCAUAACAGUAUGAUGAGUAUGAGUGUCUAAAACAUCGACAUCGAAGUUCUUGGGCCAACUGACUGACCGCCGCCGCAACAAAGAAAUGCCAAUACCCUACCAAAGUUAAGUCGUAAACUUUUAUUCUGAAAGAAACCAAUAACUUGAUUAUUUUGUUUUGUAGAAAAGUUAUUUUUGAUAAACUGUAUAAAAUGGCAUAACUUAGUAAAGAAGAUAGAACUAACUUAGUAACUAUCGAAAUAGAUAAUAUUGUGGGGGGGUUUUUUCUGAGGGAGUUUGAUCAGACUGAUCAGAAUUAUAAAUUACCCCAAAAAAAAGUAAAUUGAAUAGUUUAUUUAGAAUUUCAGACUACUGUUGUAACAUUUUCAGUAAAUUUACCAAUUUAUUUAGCAUAUCUCUGAUUGUAAAACUCUUUUAUUUAUCAUCAGUUCCCCCAAAAUCCAUGGAUUUUCAUUUAAAUUCAAAUCAAAGGAAUAUUUUCAACAACUAAUCUUCUUUAAAUGGAAUUGGUUUUUAAAAAGUUUAAAAAUUGUUUGCAAAAACUUAGGAAGUGUGUUUCCAAUGCCUCUUAUAAUAUAGCAAAUUAAAUUGGGUGGGCAGAGUCAUGGCCUUGAGUAUUUUCAAAAUUAUACUAAGUCAUCAGCAAUGAAUCUAACAUCAUUGCAAUAUAAAUCUGGCCUAAUGAUAACAAUUUAAAAAUAUUGCACCUACCAUAGCAUCUUUUUUUUUUAUUCUUAACUGUUACUGGAGAAACUGAGGCUGGGUGGAAAAAAAAAAUUGCUAGUUUACUGUAUCUUCAUCUUUUUUUUUAUAUAUAUAUGAAUCAGUGAAUUAUAAAACUGAUAAUUGUGUGAGCAGGCAAUUGGGGGUGUGCUGAAAUAUUUUACAGCCAUAACCUAAAGUAACUGAAGUUGAUUAUCCUACUCUAAUAAAUAUUGCAAUUUUUUUCCUUUGUCAGGCUCUGUAAAGUUCAUGUUUUGCCCUUGUGAUAAAAGCAGGGAUCAUGAUGUCUGAAACCUAUUCCAGCUCUGCCCACCCAAAAUACAGCUAUACACACCCUUCAUACAGCUCUGCCCACCCUUCAUACAGAGAGAUGAUUUCUGCAGCUGUUAAAGCUUACAAGAGACCUAGUGGCGCCUCACGUCAGGAGAUUCUCAAAUACAUCACUUCCUACUACAAUCUCGGAGAAAAACUCACAUCGGUAAGAUACCAGCUGAAGCUUGCUCUAAAAGCUGGCGUCAAAGAUGGAAGCCUCAAACAGACAAAGGGUACAGGAGCCAACGGGUCUUUCCGUCUUGGUAAGAUGGCGCAACAAAACAACAAGGCCAAGACAGUCCAAGCAACAAAGCCAACGGCUGCUAAAAAUUUGCUAGUGCCGUCCAAGACAUUGGAUGAUCAUCAAAAAAUAUUACCACAGCCGGUGAGGCCAGUGGCCCUUUGCUUUGUUAAAUCACAAGAGUUUGACUUUAAAGGAGCAGAUCUUCAAAGUAUAAAUUUACAAAAGAAUUCUCCAGCGGAUGCCCCCAUUCACAAGGGGAAUUUACCGGAUAACGUUGUGAUACAUAAUGUAUCCAUAAAAAGUGUUAUUAAUUCGCCAAAGACUUUUACAGCACCCGAUGCCCCCAUUCAAAAGGGGGAUUUACCAGAUAACGGUGUGAUACAUAAUGUAUCCAUUAAAAGUGUUAAUUCGCCAAAGACUUUUAUUACAGCACCGUAUGCCCCCAUUCAAAAGGGGGAUUUACCAGAGAAUGUUGUGAAACAUAAUUUAUCCAUUGAAAAUGUGAAUUCACCAAAGACUUUCACAACACCGGAUGCCUUGCAAGACAAUGAACCACCUGACAAUGAAAACGCAGAGGUUUCUAAAAGAAAUGUCGAGUCGCAGCCAAAGACCCUUCCCUCGCAAAAACCUCGCUAUUUAAAGAGAAAACAAAAGGUAGCCUCCAAACCUUUGAUCAAAACGACACAUCCAAUCAUCCCGGAAUCCUCAGCUACUCGUAGAAAUUGUAAACUUUGUUAUUCCAAAUGGCGCAAGGCGAGAAAAUGUCGUACCAGAUGUUACACGUGUGAAACUUAUUUAUGCUUUUUUACGUACCGAAACUGUCUACUUGAAUUUCAUAAAAAAUAAAAUAGUGUUUAACGGUGCAGUAUUUGUGUUCUACUUAUCUGUUCCUCAUAUGCAAUGUCUUGUACAAUAAAAUAGGAGAAAGAACAAAUGCUUUUGAUGCUUCUUUGAGUUUCUGGCCAGAAAUUAUGUAUAUUUAUCAUAAUUUAUGCACAAAUUCUGCAGUAAUUCAUUUUGACGCUCUCAAUCUGUGAUUCAAUCUAAUUCUUUUCGAAAUGCCAUACACCAUUCAGUUUACAAGGGCAACUUUUUGGCCUGGCAACAAUACACUUUAGUCUGCCGUACACAAUUCAGUUUACAAGGGCAACUUUUUGGCCUGGCAACAAUACACUUCAGUCUGCUUUACACCUUUCAGUUUACAAGGGCAACUUUUUGGCCUGGCAACAAAACACUUUAAUCUGCCUUACACCUUUCUGUUUACAAGGGUCUGAAAGACUUAAGUGGAACAGGCUAAGAUUUUUAUUAGGAAAAAACACACACA